AUGGUAACGACGCUCGGCCUGAAGAUGGCGGCCGAGACGGGUGGAAGAGCGGGCUCCUCAGCUUCAGGCCGGGGCCCGAGCCGGUGGCACUGGAGCAGUUCUUUAUGGGUCCGAGGCGUUUUACUCCUGUUGGGCGGGCUCUGGGCAAGCGCUACAUCUAUUCCUGUCUCCUUGGGCAGUUCUUCUCCCUGCCGGCACCACGUCCCCUCUGAGUCUGAGGUCAUAAAUAAGGUCCAUCUUAAGGCAAAUCAUAUUAUAAAGAGAGAUGUUAAUGAACAUUUAAGAAUCAAGACUGUCUACGAUAAAAGUAUUGAAGAGUUGCUCCCUGAGAAAAGACACCUUGUAAAGACCAAACUUUUUCCACAAGCUGUUUCUUAUUUAGAGAAGACUUUUCAGGUUCGUAGACCUGCGGGCACUAUAUUACUUAGUAGACAAUGUGCAACAAACCAAUACCAAUACCUUCGGAAGGAAAAUGAUCACCAUAGAUGCUGUACUGGGGAAUGUGCAGAGCAUACAAGAUGUGGCCCCGUUAUAGUGCCUGAGGAGCACCUCCAGCAAUGCAGAGUCUGCUGUGGGGGUAAGUGGCCCUGUGGAGCAGUGGGUGUGCCAGACCAAGAGGGAGUCCGGGAUGCAGACUUUGUUCUUUAUGUUGGUGCUCUGGCCACUGAGAGGUGCAGCCAUGAAAACAUCAUCUCUUAUGCAGCCUAUUGUCAGCAGGAAGCAAAAAUGGACAGGCCAAUUGCAGGAUAUGCUAACCUGUGUCCAAAUAUGAUCUCUACCCAGCCUCAGGAGUUUGUUGGGAUGCUGUCUACAGUGAAACAUGAGAUUAUUCAUGCCCUGGGUUUCUCUGCUGGGCUAUUUGCAUUCUACCAUGAUAAAGAUGGAAAUCCUCUAACUUCAAGAUUUGCAGAUGGUCUCCCACCUUUUAACUAUAGUCUUGGAUUAUAUCAAUGGAGUGAUAAAGUAGUUCGAAAAGUGGAGAGAUUGUGGGAUAUUCGAGAUAAUAAGAGAGUUCCUCACACUGUGUAUCUUCUAGUAACACCUCGUGUUGUUGAUGAAGCACGAAAACAUUUUAACUGUCCAAUUCUGGAGGGAAUGGAACUUGAAAAUCAAGGUGGUAUGGGCACUGAGCUCAACCAUUGGGAAAAGCGAUUAUUAGAGAAUGAAGCAAUGACUGGUUCUCACACCCAGAACCGAGUCCUCUCUCGAAUCACUCUGGCGUUAAUGGAGGACACUGGCUGGUAUAAAGCUAAUUACAGCAUGGCUGAGAAGUUAGACUGGGGCCGAGGACUGGGCUGUGACUUUGUCAGGAGGAGCUGUAAAUUCUGGAUUGAUCAGCAGAGACAAAAGAGACAAAUGCUGAGCCCUUACUGUAACACGCUCAGAAGUAAUCCAUUGCAGUUAACUUGCAGACAGGACCAGAGAGCAGUUGCAGUGUGUAAUUUGCAGAAGUUUCCGAAACCUUUACCUCAGGAGUACCAGUACUUUGAUGAACUCAGUGGAGUACCUGCAGAAGAUCUGCCUUAUUACGGUGGUUCAGUAGAAAUUGCUGACUACUGCCCUUUCAGUCAGGAAUUCAGUUGGCAUUUAAGUGGUGAAUAUCAGCGCAGCUCAGAUUGUAGAGUAUUGGAAAAUCAACCAGACCUUUUUAAAAACUAUGGUGCUGAAAAGUAUGGACCUCAUUCAGUUUGUCUAAUUCAGAAAUCAGCAUUUGUCAUGGAAAAGUGUGAAAGGAAGCUGAGUUACCCAGACUGGGGGAGUGGAUGCUAUCAGGUUUCUUGUUCUCCACAAGGUCUGAAGGUUUGGGUUCAGGAUACUUCAUAUUUGUGUAGUCGGGCCGGGCAGGUCCUCCCCGUCAGUAUUCAGAUGAAUGGCUGGAUUCACGAUGGAAACUUGCUCUGCCCAUCAUGUUGGGACUUCUGUGAGCUCUGUCCCCCAGAAACAGAUCCUCCAACUACUAACUUGACCCGAGCUCUACCCCUAGAUCUCUGUUCCUGUUCCUCUAGCCCAGUGGUUACACUUUGGCUUCUGCUAGGCAAUCUAUUUCCUCUGCUGGCUGGAUUUCUUCUGUGCGUAUGGCAUUAGGAAUGGAAAAGUGAAUUCUGAAGACAUUCCUUUGUGUCAUGUUCCUCUGAACAAAGCACAAAAUCUGGGCGAGUGCCAGCCUAUACAGAUGGCAGAAGUGGCAUUCCUGACUUUGGCUUGGAAGUGUUGACCAUAAUCAGAUCUUGAAGCAGAGCUUCACAGCAAUCACGCCUCAUCAGCAACCCAACAGCCUCAAAGUUUGGAGAAGGAGGAGGAAUUCCAAAUCACCAAGUCUCUUUAUUUUUCAGGAUAAAUACUCUUCUUGAAGUUUUCCUUUGAAAAUGGGAUAAUAGGUGAAAAAUUCAGUUAUUGCAUACCUCAGCAUCUUUAUUAACCUAAAACAAUGGGAAGGUUCAUCACUGCUGCAAUAAUUUAAAGAACAGCUAAUCAUUGCAAGGUUAUAAGUUGUGGACCCUGUCCUCAAAAGUAUAAAUUGUCCUUUGACUUACAGAAAAUAACUUGAAUUGGGAUUUCUACAUCACUGUUAUACCUAUUUUGAGUUUAAUGACUGUAUAUGGUACACCUAAAUCAUUGUUCUCAUUGUUUUUUUUUUAAAUUAUGUUUUGCUAAAUCUUAUGAUUUAACCAUGCUAGCCUUUUCAAACCAGCUGUGUGGCAGUUUCCUGCUGAACCAUUAGGUGUUGGUAGCUGUAUCUGUACUCAUUGAUCUUCAGAGAGUAGCUUCCAGUUGUAUUCUCCAUUAGUUUAAUAAUGACUUGAAAAACUGGGAAGCAGAGAGAGAAAAAUACUCUGCCCUGUGAAAACAUUGAAGACAUGCAAAUAAAAGAAAACCUAAUUGUAUGUUUUCCAGAUAAUAGUUAUGACAACUGCAAUCCAACAAAAAUAGAACUUUCCUUUUUGACCAAUGAAGAGAAAAAGAAAUUCUGGUAUAGACAGGUAUGCAGUAUUUUCAAGUGGGCUUAGGAGUUGUUACAGAAGAAUUUGACUAUCCGAACAUUAUUUUAUGUGUAAGAAGAAAAGAUAUAAGUCAAAACAAGAUGAUCUGAAUUGUUUAUAGCAAAGUGUAGGUUUCGUGUAGGGCCUAUCCAAUAGGGUCCACUUUACCACACAGGGUAUGGCUUAGUCCACAGAAGUCAGAAGGUUGCCUUUGCUUUAAAAGGAGGUAAUGUCUUUUACCUCUUGUAUUUGACACUCUUUCUGUCACCCAUAGAUUCUGGUCCCCAGAAGCAAUUCUGCUCUUGUACUAGAGCUGACCAACCCUACUUAGUAAACCCAAUUAGAAAAUCUUUAAUGAUGAAUGAUGCCCAGUUUUUCUCUCUAAAGCUAAUGAAGUCCUGUGGCAUUAGAAACAUAGCCCUUGGACAUGCAUUCAUUCAUUCACUGGUUGGCCCUUUAAUUCAGCAUACAGUUAUUGAGCACUCAGUUUAAGAAACUGCUAAGUGAACAAACAGCAUAAUUACUAAGGAGUAAUUCCAACUUAUUGUUUGGCACUGGAGCCAAACAGCAACUCCAGCAUAGAGGAGAGUCACCUUUUUUUAAAAAAAAUGCAUACAUUUAAAAUACUUAUUUGCCUACAAUUUUAAAUUGGAGGUAUUUGUCAUUGUGAAAAGCUGGGGGUCUCUAGCAUAGCCAGCCUCAGCUGAAGAAAAUCUAAUACCAAUGGUGUUUCUGCCUACGUUCUGCAUACUUUAAAUCAUGAAAAGUCAGAGAAAAAUGUAGAGUAUAUUUUUAAAGAAAGUUAUAAAAAUCUAAACUUAUAUACCCAAUGUGAUUAUGAAUCAUCCUGCAAAGUUGUACAAAGAAUUUCACGCAAAAUAAUAUGGAUUCAUAAUAUAUUUAAGACUCACAGUGAUAGGUUCAAUUAUAUUUUGACUGUUGUGCAGUAAUGCCAUUUAGGUAGUAUUGUUUCUGAGCAUGGUGCUUUUUAUACUUGAAAUAUAUUUUUGCUUUACUUUUUAUUGAUAUAAUUAUAUUUGCACUAAUGACUUUCUGAAGAAAAUAUUAUAGAUGACAUUUUUUCUAUAUAUAUAUAUUUGUUAAGCUUGGAAUCUGGUAGCCCAGUGUUUUCUCGGCACAAACGUAGAACCUGGUAAAGUAUGGUGUUAAGAAAUCUUGAGUUUUUGAGGGUAACUAACAGUGCUGGUGUCUUCCUUCCUCUUCAACAAGUCUUGAAAGUGGUUGCUUAUCACUGAUUCUGCAUAGUAUACUCAGUGAGGAUUUAGAAGGCCACUGAUAAAAUUCUAAAUUUCUAAAAAGAAGGAUUUUUAAAAUCUGAAAUUUCAAUGCAGAAUUAGCAGGCUAGAAUUAAGUUUUGAACUGAAGAACUUGAGAUGACCUAAAUUUCAAUAUCCUGUGGCGGGUAAUGCUCUUUAUGUUCACAAAACCAGUUCACUGAGAAAGAGACCAUGCAGACUGCAGCCAUGGUGGGAGUGAGGUGGGGCAGGGAAGGGGAAUGGGGAUAGCUGAUUUGAGGAUAGUAGACUGAAGUCCCUUUCUGACUCAAAAGGGUCAAGUCCUUAUAAAAACUGACUACCUCAGUUUUCAGUUCAGACUUAGGUUCAUUUUGAUAGUAAUUUUUUUCAAUUUAAAUAGUAUAUCAAUUUUAUUUUUUUUUACAUCUCUAUGGCUUUACAAUGGUGUGUUAGUUUCUGCUUUAUAAAAAAGUGAAUCAGUUAUACAAAGUUCCCAUAUCUCUUCCCUCUUGCGCCUCCCUCCCUCUCUCCCUCCCUAUCCCACCCCUCCAGGUGGUCACAAAGCACCGAGCUGAUCUCCCUGUGCUAUGUGGCUGCUUCCCACUAGCUAUCUACCUUACAUUUGGUAGUGUAUAUAUGUCCAUGCCUCUCUCUCACUUUGUCACAGCUCACCCUUCCUCCUCCCCCCCCAAUGUCAAAAUUAACAAGUGAAUUUGUCUCUCAGGUUUUCAAGAACAGAAUUUACAGGAAGGAAGCAAAAGCCUUGUCACUAGACUUGAGCUGAUAGCUUUAAAGAAACUGGAAAGCAGUUAGGUAGUCUUAAUGUAGAUCUGUCUGUAUUCUCCUGAAAAACAUCCUUUUCCCUUACUUAUUUCUUAAGGAUACUUAUUUUUGUUAAGAUCAACUAGGCAUUCUAAAAAUGUUAUAAAUUAUGCUUAAAAUUAGUUUCAGCCUAAUAUGUUGGUUUAGAGUUUAUCAAUAUUUGAAAGUGAAACAUUAAUGAAGUUUAAAUAGUUUUAGGAAGAUACAUACAUAAUUAUACCAGAGUAUUCCAUAAAAUUUUAUCAAUAUUCUCUUUAGUAUUAGAAGACUCACUGAUUGAGACCAUCUGUAAAAUGACUAGAUGCUUUCUCAGAAUCUUUCCAGCUCUAAUAUUCUGUGACUAAUGUUCAUGAAUAUUCAGAAUAUUCUAAUAUUCUGCAUGACUAAUUCAUGCAGAAUUUCUAGGUCACUGCUGGCUCUGACCCACCUCCUGGAGUAUGCCAGCUUACACACCAUGUUCAUCACAGUGUCCUGUGCUCAGUGCCUUAGCGCUGUCCUUGUCCUUGGACACUGAAUGGAGAGAGAAGAGCCCGUUUCUGCGGGCAUUUGAGUAGUCCUGGCAGGAGGAGAUGGACUUCAGUCACAGCCCCACAGACCUGUUUCACAGUUGGCACCAGUCAUCCGUGCCAUGUCCCUGCAGCCCAAGAGGACUAACAUAUUUUAAUAAAGUCUGUGCUACUCGUUCUGAAGAAAGAACUUACCUGAAAGGAUGACCUUUUUUUUUUUUUGACACAUUUAGUCAGGGUUGGGGAGGAAGUGGUGAAUUAUUUUCUUUUUGUUUACAUUUUUAAUAAAUAAAAUAGAUUUAAGAACUAAUCUUUAUUUAUGGUAUUUAACUUUAAGUGUAAUAUAUUACUUAGAAAAAACACAGCUUUAAUAAAAAUGGAAACUAAUCUGCAUCUUUUCUUUACUUAAUUAACACCAUCAAUUUUUUUAAACCUGGAUGAGGGAUACAAACACAGCCAUGCACUCUAUAUGGGGACGAUGAGGUGUUUAUUAUGAAACAUAAUUCAAUUUUUACUUUAAGUGGAGUAAAAUUGUCCUACUUAAAGAAUAGGGACAGGUCUUAUGUAAAGCUACAGGGAAUAACCCUCCUCAAAUAGUUAAGCAGGAAAGACAGCCGACUAAAACAAUUUAGGGCAGCUGUCUCUGGCUGGAGAUUAUUCCUGUCCCAUUUGUUCUGUGCUGUGGGCCAGGAGUCUCACCGCAGGACCGCUCUGCACAUUCAAGUACCACACUCCAUUUGGUAGCAGCAAGUAAAUUGUGGCUGUGGAGUGUGGAGCGUGAUUCUUCCUCAUAAACUGACUGUAGUUUGAGAGAACGUACCUGGGGCGUGCCUUCACCAUGUGCACUCAGAGCCAUCCUGCCCUGUGGCCUGGAGCCAAGCACUGUGAAAUGGACUGAGCACAGCUUCUGUGACCUACUUGCUGAGCUGAGAUCUUUGUGGGAAAUUUUAAUGAUAAUAUUUAGAUUUUUUAACAUUUUAAAUAUUUCAUGUAAGUAGCUAAAACUAUGUACAAUAAAUUACUUCAAGUAGUUGAAUAAAUUCAAUAUUAUUUGUACGCUGUACUGAAGACAAAGUGUCUAUGUCUCAUACAUUACCUGUUUAUACUACCUUUUGGUAUGUUCAUAGAAUAUAUCUUAUUUAAUAGGCGUCAAUACAUAAACGAGUCUUUUGUCAACAACUCUCUGGUAGAUACGUUGAAAUGGAGCGGUUUAUUUAAGUCAGCUUGUUAGUGUUCUGCCAGAAGUUUGUUCCUUAAUGUUUGAAAUAAACUGGACUUGUUUGGAGGUAGAAGUCCAAAUACACCAUCUGAUGUUCUGGUAGAUGACCA